UUGCAUUCAGCAGAUAGAAAUACUGCAUUAUAUUGAUUUUGUCAGGAAAAAAUAUGAUCUGAGCACUUGUGUAAGUUGUGGCUUUACUCUGGCAUUACAUCCCUCUGAUCAGCAUGUGGUACAUUAUAUGAAUUAAAAAUCAUUUUUGGAAAAUUAAACAGUUUCUUACAAACUUAAUAUGAUUUGAUAAAAUACAUAAUGAAAUAUAAUCGUGUAUGGGUAAUGGAGAAAUUACAAUUAGCUUCAAGCUACACAUGACAAUUAAUGAGAUGAAUACAACACUUCUACUUGAAUGUCACUGUUAAUCACUGAGUGUUUGUAAUAACUUCUGACUGCGAUCCAGUGUGGAUUUUUCUGUUAGUAACAUUCUAGAAGAUUUUUUUCUGGAAGAUACACAGUUACAACUUUUGUGGGGCGUGAAGAAAAAGUAAUGUAACUAAUUACUGUUGCCAGAAAGCAAUAAGUAACAAUAUUACUUUUGAAAGGAGUAACUAGUAAUGAGUAAUACAUUACAUUCUUUGAGUAACAAGCCCAACACCGGUGGUAACAGUGGUGUAAACGGAAUAAUUGUUGAAUUUGGUGUCGUGGUCCGCAGCUGAGCAAUGAAUAAAUCAAAGGCCUUCGUUAAUGAUUUCUUAUUUAAUACUUCACUUCUUAGCCAUCUCACAGCUGUAGGCAAAAGGUUUCAAAAGACAGAGAUCAAAGUCCACGUUAAUAACCUUAAAAUACAGGAAGCUGAGCGCGCACGAUACCAAACCAGCAUGCUGUAACGCACUCUAAAUAUUUGAGCUAAAUCGGUAAAACUACAGCUGUAGCGUUGUCUGAUCGAGCUAACCUUCGGCGAAGAGCGUUCCUGCAGACAGACAGAAACAGACAUGAUGCGCUUCAUCUUCUGUUUGUGUGUGGCUCACAUAAGCGGAGCACAGAACACGUACAGACGCGUCGCGACACCGGAGCAGGCUUAUUUCGCGGAGGCGUUUGACGGAGCGCUGGACAGAAACUGGGUUCUGUCUAAAGCAGUGAAAGAUGAGGAACUUCUCAAAUACAAUGGGGAGUGGGUUAUAGAGGAGUCCAGAGAAGCGAGAUUACUGGGAAACAGAGGCCUGGUCCUCAAGUCUCCUGGAAAACACCACGCCAUAUCUGCGUACCUGCGGAAGAGCUAUCACUUCACAGACAAACCUCUGUGCUUACAGUAUGAAGUUUUCUUCCAAAAGGGGGUUGAUUGUGGUGGAGCCUACAUCAAGUUACUGUCUCAUUCAGACGAUCUCCGUUUGAGCCAGUUCAGCGACGCCACCCCGUACACCAUUAUGUUCGGUCCAGAUAAGUGCGGCAGCACACACAAAAUACAUUUCAUCUUUCGUCAUCGUAAUCCAGUCACAGGGACAUAUGAGGAGAAACACGCUCGACAGUCGGAGAUGGAUCUCAGCGACUACUUCAUUGACCAGCGACCACAUCUCUACACUUUGAACUUAUAUCCUGACAACAGGUUUGAGAUCCUCGUUGACCGGACACUGAUUAAUAAAGGCAGUCUGUUGGAGGACAUGGCCUCAUCUGCUCACGAAACACAGGAGCAGGAGUAUUCAGCAAAUCCUGCCUCGGGGGACGGGGUGCAGUCUUCUGACCCAAAGUCUGAACAACAUGGAAGUUCAGAUGGGCCGUUCAUCAUGAGCCCUGUGUCUGCCGUGGGUUUUGAGCUGUGGUCCGUCACCGCAGAUGUGAUGUUCGACAACAUCUUUCUCUCUGACAGUCUGGAAGAAGCCCGGCGCUGGACAGAAGACUCGUGGGGUCAGAGAAAGACCCCUGGAGUGAUUGAAAAGCUGCUGAUGGCGACGGUGAAGAGGCCGUGGCUCUGGGGGGUUUAUGUCGUCACCGUGGGCCUUCCCAUCAUCCUCUUUAUUAGCCUCAUGUGGCCUGAUAAGCGGUUCGGUCCCCCGGAUCAGGAUUAUUACUAUAAGAAGACAGACGAGGCUCAGGCGGACGCGCGUCAGGGCCGUGAGGAAGACGCCGCUCGUGAUGAAGGGGUCACUCCAGCAGCGGCGGAGGCUGAACGCAGAGCCGUCAGGAGACACGUGACGGGAGAACUGUCUCAGAGUCAGUCGCACCUCCAGCAGUGAGCGGUUCUCAUCCUGAACAGUGUGAGCUGCUCGUAUCUGAGCGGGUUUACAGUCAUCGCUUCUGAAACGGCAAACAUAUCACAAAUAAAGCUAACGAAGCAUAUUCACAGCUGCAGCUUGUGUAAGCAGUGUCAUGCACAAGUGUGAAUAGAAAUAGCAUUUUUAAUGAAAAACUGCAUAAUUGCGGAAUGUUUCUCGUUGUUAUAUAACAAUACAUUUAUGUGACAUUAUAAUUCUCAGCAUAGCUUUAAUCACUUCAUGCACUUGUGCUUUAUACUAAUUUCUAAAAACAAGAACAUUUUGGGGGCCUCUGAAGAUGAACUUUUAAAAAAAUAUAUUUUUAAAAUAAAGAUGUACAAGAAUGAUACAAUUAUGAAAGAAAGGCAUUGGUGAAACACUUUUCAAGAAAAAACAAUGCAUGACGCUUGAAUAAAAUGGGUUUUGUUUAAAAGCGGAGGCUCUGCUCUUUUGAUUUACUGCAUGUUCAGAUAUUCAUACAACAAAUAUUCUGGGUGCCAUGAAAACUUGGUGAAAAAUGAAAACAUUCUGGCGGUGACUGGCAACGCUGGAGGGGAAAGAGUUAAGAUAGAAAAAACAGUUUUACAAAUGCUAGAAAUGUGGCUUUCAAAUGACAAAUAUCUGUCAAGUAGCAGGUUCCUAAGCUGAGCAGACAUCAAGAGUUAGUAUUAUAGUUUAUUACAUGUGGAGACUUUUAGUCCAAUAAUUAUAAUUUAGUCCGCCAGCAUUUUUGACUAUUUUCACUCAAAUUUCAUGGCCCCCAGAAUAUUUUGUUGUAUGAAUAUAUGAACAUGCAAUACAUCAAAAUAAAGAACAGAGCCUCUACUUUUAAAACAACAACAACAAAAUCUGUUUUAUUCUAGCUUCAAUCAUUCUUUUUUAUCAACACUUGAAUGUAGGCAAGUUUCACAAAAAAAAAAGCAACAUUUUGAGCAAAAAGCUGAGAAAAAUGCAUUUUUAUCAAAGACUACAUCUGGAUCAUAUUCAGUAAUAUUAUCAAAGCAAAGAUGCAGUAGAUGGCUUCCAUUAGACUUCCGUCCCAAAGCUUGCACACUUUCUGGAUUGACAUUUCACUCUGUAACAUUAGGCAGUUUUCAUUCAUAUGCGGGUUUAUUGUUGAUGAUCACAUUAUUUUUCAUAUGCAUGUUUACAUAUGAGAUCGCUCGACACAGUCUUCCUGGUCUGUGUUUUUGAUCGGGACGUUCUGGACUCGUUGAGGAGAUGUGUAAUAGCGCCCAUUAGCUUAUAACAGUGAAGACAUGGAAACCCGGAAAAUUCAGUGUUUGGUGGGGAAAGAGUUAAGCAAUAAGUCAAUUCUGCUCAUCCAGAUUUUAAUACCAGCUAACUAUGCAUUACAUAAAAGUUUUUCUCGAUUGCUAACACACAAUUCAUGAAACAAUACACCAUUUUCUCACAACUAUAAACGUCCAGGUCGCAAUCAAAUAUUUUAGUCAAAAACGCAUUCUCAUGUCAGAAUGAAGCUUUGGCUUCAGAUGACACACAAUCCUGACACAUACACUACUUCACUACCUAGACAACACUAGAAAGAUCGAUUCAAAACACUCUUACAAAAACCUCCUUUUCGGAAACAGGAAACAAUUUGCAAGUCAGUGUCUAUUACAGUAUAAAGCAUAAAUAGAGGGGUGCAGAUACAGUGCAAUUCAGCAAUAAACUUCAAGAAAGGUUUACUUUCACUACUCUAAAGAGAUCUUCAGUAGGUGAACAUUUUUGCAAUACAGUAUACUGUUAAUUACUGUACCUGGCUACAAAUCAAUUUAAUGGUUAUGAGUUUGAAGGUGUACAACAGUAUUACCGUACAUAGAAUAUGGAAGUUCUCUCAUCUAAGGUACUGCUACUGUGUACUGUAAUUAUUCUGUAAGUAGUAUAAUAACCCUGUACAUGUGCCUGUAGGCCUUCAUGCUCAUUCCAUUCACAAGGACAUGGUCAACUUGUAUCUCAUCAGGAACAAAUGACUUUGAUCCCGUCCCCUUCAUUGUUCUUUUCCCCUCCUCAUCCUCUCCUCUUCCUCUUUGUCGCGCACCACUAGGAUUCCUUUACCAAAGCACAUCAUCAGUGUGCCAUCUUAGUGUUUACACGUGGAUAAAUGUGUGCCGAGUUCAUAUUUGGGAUGCUUGAAGUAAUUAUACUGUUCUUGUGUGUUCUGAAUGAGAAUGUGAUAACGGUGUGCAAUAUUUCUAGCAAUAUCUCUCAAGUGUAGCAUGUGAAGUGUAAAAACAAUGGUCCUAGUGCUGAGCCUUGCGGUACCUCAAUUGUGAUCAAUAUGAUACUGCUUCAUUUACUGCUGCAGAAUGAUAAUUAGUGCACGUAUUGUGCAUAUUUGUCACAUGAAUUUGUGAAGUGCUACAUUAAUAAAAAUAACUGGACUAAUCAA